GGGUCACGUGGGCGUCCGGAAACCCUAGCCGCAGCGCCAGAGGUGAGCUGGCGGCGGGGGAGGCGGGCAGAGGAGCCAAGCUGACCCGGCGAGCGGAGCCGGGGCUGGAGAGCGGCGACUACUGCGGAUUUCGGAAAGAAGAAAUGAUGUAAAUCACUCACUAUCCAAACUUUAAGGUCAAAAGUGAGAAGGAAGGUCAGGAAGAACAUGGCCUGGCCAAAUGUUUUUCAAAGAGCGUCUCUGCUGUCCCAGUUCAGCCAUCAUCAUGUUGUAGUGUUCCUGCUCACUUUCUUCAGUUAUUCGUUGCUCCAUGCUUCACGAAAAACAUUUAGCAAUGUCAAAGUCAGUAUCUCUGAGCAGUGGACCCCAAGUGCUUUUAACACGUCAAUUGAGCUGCCUGUGGAGAUCUGGAGCAGCAACCAUUUGUUCCCCAGUGCAGAGAAAGCGACUCUUUUCCUCGGAACACUGGAUACCAUUUUCCUCUUCUCCUAUGCUGUGGGCCUUUUCAUCAGUGGCAUCGUUGGGGAUCGGUUGAAUUUGCGAUGGGUUCUGUCUUUCGGCAUGUGCUCUUCUGCAUUAGUGGUGUUUGUCUUUGGCGCACUCACAGAAUGGCUGCAUUUCUACAACAAAUGGCUGUACUGCUGCCUGUGGAUUGUGAACGGCCUGCUGCAGUCCACUGGUUGGCCCUGUGUGGUUGCUGUUAUGGGCAACUGGUUUGGGAAAGCUGGACGAGGAGUUGUUUUUGGUCUCUGGAGUGCCUGUGCUUCGGUGGGCAACAUUUUGGGAGCAUGCCUAGCUUAUUCUGUUCUUCAGUAUGGUUAUGAGUAUGCCUUUCUGGUGACGGCGUCUGUGCAGUUUGCUGGUGGGAUCGUUAUCUUCUUUGGACUCCUGGUGUCACCUGAAGAAAUUGGUCUCUCAGGUAUUGAGGCAGAAGAAAACUUUGAAGAAGACUCACACAGGCCAUUAAUUAAUGAUGGUGAAAAUGAAGACGAAUAUGAGCCGAAUUAUUCAAUCCAAGACGAUAGUUCUGUUGCCCAAGUCAAGGCAAUAAGCUUCUACCAGGCAUGUUGCCUUCCUGGAGUCAUACCGUACUCACUGGCCUACGCCUGCUUGAAGUUAGUGAAUUACUCCUUCUUCUUCUGGCUCCCCUUUUAUCUGAGUAACAACUUCGGCUGGAAGGAGGCGGAAGCCGACAAGCUGUCCAUUUGGUACGACGUUGGAGGGAUCAUAGGUGGAACUUUGCAAGGCUUCAUCUCUGACGUACUACAGAAGAGAGCGCCAGUUCUUGCCCUGAGUCUGCUUCUGGCAGUUGGGUCCCUCAUCGGGUAUAGUCGUUCUCCAAAUGAUAAGUCCGUCAAUGCCCUUCUCAUGACUGUUACAGGAUUUUUUAUUGGUGGACCUUCUAAUAUGAUUAGUUCUGCUAUUUCCGCGGACUUGGGUCGCCAGGAGCUCAUCCAAAGGAGCAGUGAGGCUUUGGCCACUGUCACAGGAAUUGUUGAUGGUUCGGGGAGCAUUGGAGCUGCAGUGGGCCAGUAUUUAGUGUCUCUUAUCCGGGACAAGCUAGGAUGGAUGUGGGUUUUCUACUUUUUCAUUCUCAUGACAAGUUGUACAAUUGUGUUUAUCUCGCCAUUAAUAGUGAGGGAAAUAUUCUCUCUCGUGCUAAGGAGACAGGCUCACAUAUUGAGGGAGUGACUGGUGCCCGCGAGACAGAAAGAACAAUGUCAGCCACAUCAGGACCACUGGGGCUUCGGGUCUGCCCUAAUUUGGGUUUGUCUAGGAGCUCCAGCCUGAUCUUGGAUUGUCAGGCAUCUCUCAACACUGCCAGCCACCUGAGAUGCUGACCAGCGGUGAAGGCUGCACUAGUUUUCUACACUACAGGAAUUAUUGUUGAUGAUUUUUGCUGUUGUUUCAUGAAUGUGCCGAGUGACUUCUGACUCUGCCAGCAUCUUUGACCUCUGACUCUGCCAGCGUCGUUGUUUGGCCUAUUGAGGUUUAGCGUUUUAACCUUAACUGUUGUUUUGGACUUGAACUUUCUCUAGCCUUGAGAAUGGAGUGAACAGGAGGCAAAGCCACGCGUGGUUUAUGUUGGUGAUAUGUUCCACAAAUGGAAGAGAUCAUUGCAUAUUGCUUUGGUAAUGAGUUUACAGAGAGUGGCUCAUCUUUGAAGCAUCAAAUCCUGAUCAAAUGCUCAAGCUGGACCGAGCUGCAAGCCUGCCUUGGACAAAGAAUCCCUCUGUUCACUGUGGUGGGAAAGAUCACACUACAUGCCUGUUGAUUGGCUCAGUCACUCUGUGUCCGAUCUCAACGUCAUUCAGCUCUAGAAGCAUGAAUAGCUUCAAAUUAUUGUCAACUUGUUCUCUUCCAUCUUCAUUCAAAUUAACUUUGACUCCUGGAAGUAUUUAGUCUUCCUUUCAAGGACCAUAAGGUACAUCAGUUAUCUUGAACAUUCUGACGUGUGAAGGACUAUAAGGUACAUCAGUUAUCUUGAACAUUCCGACAUGUAACUCACAGCCGAAGCACUCCAUCCCGGAUUUGUUGUCUGGGAACUUUAGGAUCCUCUAGGAAGCUAAUCUGCUUAGUCUAUUUUUAGAGGAUUGAUCUCUGGCACAACCAGCUUCCUGGAGUUACCUCAGCAGAAGACUAGAAUUAGAGAAAAGGGAAAGACCUUUUUUUCUAGUAAGUGUCAAGUACAGAUGCUCUUUGACUUAUGAUGGGGUUAUGUCCCAGUAAACCCAUUGGAAGUCAAAUGCAUUUAAUACCCCUGACCUACUGAACACCACAGCUUAGCCUCGUCCACCCUAAGUGUACUCAGAACACUUAGAAUUGCCCACAGUUGGGCAGAAUCAUCUAACACAAACUAUUUUAUAAUCAAGUGUUGAAUAUAUCAUGUAAUUUAUUGAAUAUCAUACGUUAUGUUGAAAUUGCAACCAUUUCGCACCAUUGUAAAGUCCAAAAAUCAGAAGCCGAGGACUGUCUGUACGUGACAUUGAGUCACAUGAAUGGAUUACUAGGGCCUGAGGGGUGUCCGUUCUUUAGAAAAAUGUAGAGUAUAUGUAUCUUCAGGGCUGUGAAUUCCAUACUAGUUAUCAAUAUUUUCAGAUCAUUCUAUAUAUAUAUUUUAAAUUAUACAAGCAAACUAGGAGGAGAAUGUGCAAUUUUGAGGGAUACCUAAUUUGCAUUGGGUUAGGGGAUAUUUUUCAACCUCUUGCUUUAUACUUUGAUAUGGGGUGUGUUUAUGAACUUGUUAAUGUUAUUUAAUCAUGCAGAUUUCCAAUCAGUGUGUUGCUCAUUUACUGACAGAAAAGGAAAAUACGAAACACAGAAAGGGAAAAUAAACUGACUUUUAUAAUGAA